CUGCAGCACCUCCUCCAGCUGCAGCAGCAGCAGCAGUGAAGGAGGAAGAGUAUGUGGUGGAGAAGGUUUUGGACUGCAGAGUGGUGAAGGGAAGAGUAGAGUUUCUGCUGAAAUGGAAGGGGUUCUCAGAUGAGGAUAACACAUGGGAGCCGGAAGACAACCUGGACUGCCCUGACCUUAUCACCGAGUACAUGCAGAAGGAGAAGGAGAAGGAGGGCAAGAGGAAAGUUGUCAGUGAGGCCUCGGGAGACUCAGAGGAGCAAGGAAGUAAGAGGAAGAAGGAGGAGAAACGGAGAGGAGGAGAGGAACCCAAACAUCACCACUGUCAACACUGUGACAAAUCCUUCACAUCAUCGAAAUAUUUAAAGAUUCAUCAGAGAGUUCACACUGGAGAGAAUCUACACAGCUGUGAUCAAUGUGGGGCAGCUUUCACACUACAGAGUAACCUAAAAAUACAUCAACUCAUUCACACUGGAGAGAAGCCGUACAGCUGUGAUCAAUGUGGGGCGGCUUUCACACUACAGAGUAACCUAAAAUUACAUCAACGCAUUCACACUGGAGAAAAACCUUACAGCUGUGAUCAAUGUGGGGCGGCUUUCACACUACAGAGUAACCUAAAAAGACAUCAACUCAUUCACACUGGAGAGAAGCCGUACAGCUGUGAUCAAUGUGGGGCGGCUUUCACACUACAGAGUAACCUAAAAUUACAUCAACGCAUUCACACUGGAGAAAAACCUUACAGCUGUGAUCAAUGUGGGGCGGCUUUCACACUACAGAGUAACCUAAAAUUACAUCAACGCAUUCAUACUGGAGAGAAGCCAUACAGCUGUGACCAAUGUGGGGUGGCUUUCACACAACAGAGUUCCCUAAAAUUACAUCAAAGCAUUCAUACUGGAGAGAAGCCUUACAGCUGUGAACAAUGUGGGAAAACUUUUUCUGAGAGUGGUAACCUUAAAAGACACCAGCGCAUUCACACUGGAGAGAAGCCGUACAGCUGUGAAUUAUGUGGUAAAACCUUUUCUCUGAGCGGUAGCCUAGAAAUCCACCGACGUUUUCACACUGGAGAGAAGCCGUACUGGUGUGAUCAAUGUGGGAAAACUUUUUCUCACAGUAGUAACCUUAAAUCUCAUCAGCUCAUUCACACUGGAGAGAAGCCGUACUGGUGUGAACAAUGUGGGAAAACUUUUUCUCACAGUAGUAACCUUAAAUCUCAUCAGCUCAUUCACAUUGGAGAGAAGCCGUACUGGUGUGAACAAUGUGGGAAAACUUUUUCUCAGAGUGGUAACCUUAAAAGACACGAGCUCAUUCACACUGCCUCGUAGUGAACAUGUUUCAGAGCCAAGCUGUUUCCUCCUGCCUCCUCCUCAUGCCCUGAUAGCUGUGUUGUUAUAUUUUGAUCUUCUCUCCACAUUGAAGGCUGACCA